UCACGGUCAGCUGGAUAGCCACCUCCUCCUUUUUCCUCCAACCUGGUGGCUCAGGUUUGUCUCACCUUAUUUCGGAAACACGGAAGAACAGAAGUCACAGGAGAAACAGUGUGCAGCUGUGAAAACUGAUUCCCACCAAACAAAUCGCCCCCAGGCCACCGACGGAAUAUUCAAGGAAAAUCUGCUAUUUGGCACCAGUUAUGUUUGAACAGUUCUAACAGACUGAAACAGGAACUGAGGCUCUUGAUUAUUCGUUCUCGACUUGCUUCUCCAGGCUGACACCAUGAAUAUCUCUCUCGAGAACCCCUAUGGUGAUGUCACCAUCCCUCGUGCCAAGCUGCGGGAUCAGGCUGAUUCCAGCACCAUCAUCAUGAACCCGAUGGCCUUAGAAAGCUCCUACAACAAUCGCAACUCUGGCUUAAACCCCUACAGCAGCUUCAAAACCCCAGGGGAAAACAACACCCCAAGUGUGCCGGUUUACGGAGAGGCCAGGAACGGCCAAAACCCUCCUCCAGCUUACACGGUGAGGGACAGCGACGAGCAGGUGGGACGCUGCUAUGCCUGUUGCUGCCGCUGCCGGAGGAGGAAGUGAGACUAGACUUACACUGUGAAGAAAAGGAUUAUGGGUUUGCAAUUUGGAACCACCAUUCAACCUCUCAAAUUGUGGAAGCCAAAGACUGGAUUUUAGGGCUCCUUUAGCUGGAGAUCAUCACACUGUGGUUUGGACAAAACAAGAGCUGGCAUUCUGUAACUGAACCGAAACCUAUUAUAUGAAAUAUUUACUUUUGGAUUACUACAUUGUUUUGUUGGCACAGUUAAGUUCAGGUGGAUUGCUCCUAUUGAACCACUUUAAAGCAGCCUUACUUUUGUGUGCCUCAAACAAUGGCAUGCUUAGAUACUCCCCUUUAUUUUAGCGUCACCUAAUUGUUCCCAUACACUUAUUUAAAAUUCGACUUUCAAUAAGGACUAAGUUAUUUGACUCAAGUUGUUGUUAAUGGAGUGUUUCUAUAAAAUUCUAAUGAGGUUGAACAGGUUUUACUGGUGCACACAGAGGUGGGCUCUCUUCACAGUACAACACGGUGGACUUUCUUUGGGUUUUUGAGCCACACCCUGACAUGCCGUCAGACGCAGGUCAGUGAAACUCGAGGAAGAGCCCUCGUUCUUUUUCAAAGGGAUACACAAAAAGACACUGUCAAACUUUGAAUGUGGAAUGAGUGUUGUGCCAUCCGAGUUUCUAUUGAACGAGCUUUUCUGGUUGCUGUAGACAUAAUGCUGACACAUUGUGUCUAGGAUUGCCAAAGAGACUAUUUAGUGCAACAUAAACCUUUAUAGUACUAGAAUUAUUUGAUUAUAAGCAAUAUUAUUAGAGUAGUUAGAUUUAAUACAAUGGGUCGUGGACAGUUUUUUUUAGACACAAGACUGUGAGCCUGACUAUUGUAAAAAAAAAAAGAUAAAAAUAUGCCAACCAAAAUGUUUCAGAUGUCUGUAUAUGUUAAGCACAGUGAUCGAUAUAUUUUUUGAUACAUAAAGUCACUUUUGUCUCUGUAA